GGCCGUCUUUGCAAUUGUUGUUCGGGUUAUCUUUGGAAGAUUUUCAGAUUAACUUCCUUGCGAUGAAACUUGAUAAUGAAAUGGAAAAAUUCCGAUAUUUCAGUUCUAUAUCGCAACACAAAAGUGACAAUGAUUCGCCUGAUCAUUGCAGUGCUUAUAUUUACCACACAAUGCAGUUAUUCCAGUACUACCACGCUUAAUUGCGACUUUGAAAUGUACCCAUUUGACACAAUCGGCAGUAUUUACACUUGUACCGGUCGUAUUACAAUCAAUGAAGGUGCUAAAGUGACACAAAUGUACAGUGUCGCAGGUCAUAUGAGUGGAAAAAACAAUGGUAACGUUCUAGCCUUACGUAUGAACAGUAAGAGUAUGACCACAUUUCCGGUGAAUGUCGAAAAUUUCUUUCCAAACAUAAAGGCGCUACAUUUCGGUGAAAAUAUGAUUUCCCACAUCAACAACAGCCAUUUGAAUCCUUUUCCCGAUCUACGAUUUCUCAGCAUGUGGAACAAUCAUCUCACUUCACUUGACAGCAACUUAUUCGCUGGCUUAACAUCUAUGUCUUACAUUAACUUUGAAUUCAACCGAAUUAUGUACGUCGGACACGAUUUUGUCUUGCCAUACUCUGCUGAGAUCCGAUUCUACAGCAAUCCGUGCAUUAGUGACAUGGCAUCGACUCCGGACAGAAUCAGUUUAUUGAAAUUUCUCUUGGCAGUCAAGUGUCCACCGACGAUACUGCACAUUGAGAACAGUCUCGAGAGUCGCCCCAACUUACUAACGAAUGUGAAGGACCAAGUACAGAGUCUGCAGCAGAAGAAUCAGCAGUUUGAAGACAAAAUGUACUAUCUGGAAUUGAGAAUGACUUCACUGGAAGCGAUAAUUGAAGGACUUGAGAUGCAAAUUGAACAGCGCGACCAGAUGUAGGAAUCAUUGAUACUGCGGUUCAAAUUUUAAAUAAAAUUUCGUUUUCAUCGAAGUAGA